AAUUGACACUGACAAAUAAUUUAAUUAAGGUUAGAAAUGUUGUUAUUUAAGUUUAAUUAAAUUUUUGUUUCUAAUAAUGCAUUGAAAACGAUGUUUGCUGAUAAAACGAAUAAAAAUGAAAUUUUAGAAUUCAAAAAAACAAUCCAUAGUCUCAACAAGCUGUAUGUAAAUUAUGGAUUUGCAAUACAAGACUUGGAACAAUCUCUUAAAACCACUUCGUAUUCUAAUGUUUUUUUAAUAACUUUCAUUGUUGCAAUAGCAACAUGUAUUUGUUGGGAUGGAGGAUAUUUUAUUACAAUCGUUAAUUAUGUUUUUGGAGUGAGAUGUAUAUUACCCAACAAUUACUUUAUAUGGGAAGCUACUAGACCUAUAUCUAAUUGCAAUUUUUGUAAAAACGUUACAAAACCGAUUAUACUAUCGAACGUAACAAGAGAAACGUUUUUGCCAUACAGUUAUAGUUCAAAACCUAUUGUGAUAAAAGGAGCUUUCUUAAAUUGGCCUGCCAUGCAAGUAUUUUCGUUAGAAUAUUUUCAAAACUUGUACAAUAACACUGAGGGUUCGAUCAAGAGCGUUACCGAGGAAUGCCAAUUUCUACACUUCAAGUCUGAUUUCAUAUCUGUUAGAGAUGUGUUUUUGAUGAGUGAAAAUCGAUCUAAAAAUCAACCAAACGAGAAAUCUUGGUAUGUUGGGUGGGGAAAUUGUCAUCCAACUAUUUUAGAAGAAAUGCGCAAGCAUUAUCCAAAACCACAUUUUUUACCAGAAGACAGUGAAAUACCAUCAAAAGAAUAUGUAUUUAUGGGAUAUGAUGACGGCGCAACUUUACAUCUCGAUUUUAUCAAUCGGUUGAUGUGGCAAGCUCAAUUAAAAGGAAAAAAAUACUGGAAUCUACAACCGCCUCCAGAAUGUGAAAAAUUAUGUAAUACUGUAUCUUUCUAUGCCGAACCUGGAGAUGCAGUUUUAGUUGAUACGAGGGUUUGGUAUCAUGCGACUACAAUCAAACCCGGAGAUUUCAGCAUUUCUGUACAAUCGGAGUAUGGAUAGACGAUAUUUGUACCUGUAAACUUGAAACUAUGCCAAAUAAUAAUGAAAAAAAAAAUAUAAAUCUUGAGUGCCAGUAAUUUAGUUGAAAUUAUAUCUAUAUUUAAUCUAAUAACGUUAAUUUGGCAUUCCCAGUUGUUUCAAUAAUAAUAUUACCCUAUAUAAUGGUCUUUUUACACUUAUAUCUACAGUUUUUAUUGAGUAUUUCUUAUUUAAAGCUCACAACGAUAUGUGCUGGAUUUUCCAUUCCACUAAUAUGAAAAAACCAUGAGUAUUAUAGGUGGAAGGUAUAUUUUGAGCACUGUAGACUUCGUUAAAACUUCAGCUUGGAAUAAAUUUCUUUCUUAGGCUCAAAGACAGUUUCAAAAUAGUAAAAAGCUUCAUUUAAUAUCAACUUCAAUUGUUAACUUGCUAGGGGGACUCUGUAUGGGCCAAUACAAAGAAACUUAUGGGGUUCAAGUGGAAACUAUCAGAUUAUUUUAUACUAUAUGUUUGCAAGAAACAGUAGAAUCUUUCUGUAAAAAUUUAAAACAUUACAUAGAAUCGAUUAAUUCAUAAUUAUUUUUAUGAAUGAACAAAUUACUUGUUAAUAAUGAAUACACUCAAUAUUUUUAACAUCAAAUACAUUUUAGGGUUAAUUUUUUUAUUGAAUAGUGACCUGGGAAUGCCAAAAUUGAAGAAACACGCCCGGAAAUUUACAAAAUUAAUUCUUUUUUUGUAUAUUGUGGACGAUUUUAGCUAUUUUUUUAAAUUAUAACUUGAUUCCUCAGAAAUAUAAUGAGUAAUUCGUUUGUACUAGUCAAAAGCAUUGCUGCUGUAUCAUUGGAGCUUUCUUUGUUCUGUGUGAUUUUAAUUCAGCUUCUUUCAGUCUCCUAAUGGUUAGUACAAUAAGUAACUGGUGAUAGCAUCUUAACCAAAAAAAUCAAGCUACAGUUGAAAAAUUGGUAAAAUUGACCCGAGGGUUCAAAUGAGCUACUAAGUUGAGACUAAUAUAUAAAACUUUUUAAUCUGGGCGAUUUUAGCAAUUCUUUAAAAAUUAUAGCUUGUCUUCCCAGGAAUGUAUGUAUUAAGAUGCUGUCUUUAAUUACUGCCCUUUUUAUUAUAUACAGGAGUGAACAAAAAUAAUGAAAUACAAGAUUUUAUUCAGAACACCCUGUCGAUUGAAUUGUUGAUAUUUAAGAAUGUUUACGAAAAAUGAGAUGUUGUCUCAUCUUUUCUAAAAAUUUUUUUUUAUUCAUUAGGAUAUCUCAAUUUUUAGAGAAAUUACAGCAUUUUAUAGUUAAUAGUAAUAACCUAAUGGUUAGUACAAUACAUAACUGGGGAUAGAUAGCAUCCUAACCAUUCCAGAGGAAUCAAAUUACAAUUGAAAAAAUUGGUAAAAUCGACUGGAUGGUUCAAAUGAACUACUUUUCAUUGAGAGUUGUCCAUUGGGUGUAUUACAAAAUAUAGUAUUUAAGAAUCAAAUUUUCUAGUCCUAAGUACGUAAUUUUAAUUUAGUCUUAUUAAAAAUAUUUAUUUCAUUGGCAAGCUGGUUAUGUGGACUACAAUUUGUUUUUGAGUUUUACUGUACAUAGUAUUGUUUAAAAAUAAGGCAGUAAAUUGAAACUAGUGGAAAAAUCUUUAUAAAAAAAUUAUAUUUCGACUUAUUGUAAUAAUAUUUUCGUUGAUUUCAGUCUUAGUGUCAAAGUGACAUAAUUCUGCUUGUUUGUUUGUAAAUUUUAAAUUUCUUGUGCUCCAUUUACACAUACGAGGUGUGAUAAAAAAGUACUUCGAAUUUUAUUUAAAUCAAUGUGAAAAGGUGAGAAAAUUUGAAUCUCUUUGACUAGCAAAAUGUUUCUUUUAUAACCGUUUUCAUAUCCUUAGUCGAUGGCUUCCAAAUUUCAGAAAUUGUAUCCAACUAUUUCCCUUGUAGCACUUUUUUCAGAAAAAACUAAAGAGUCACUUGGUGCUAAAUUUGGUGAUUAAUGCGGAUAUGGACAAAUAGAAAUAUUUUUAGUGGUUAAUUAAAACCACCCUAGUAGAAAUAAAUACCGGCCGCUAUAAGAAUUCAAUUACGGAAGUUUUUUUAUCAUGCCUCGUAUAAUUCAAUAUAUUCCACAUAUUUGAUAUAGAAACAAAAUUUCUACUCCAUUUUAUCCUGUUUCAAAUCCUGAUUCGACUAACCAAGUUUCUGCUCUAUUUUAUCCUGUUGUAAGUCCUGAAUUGAUUUGAACCAAUACGUUUUGAAUGAAUUCAACUUAAGUGGAAGGAAACUAAGUUUCCGCUCUAUUUUAUCCUAUUACAAUUCAUAGAUUGAUUCAAACUCAUACAUUUUGAACGAAUUCAGCUUUAAGUAAAAAGAAACAAAGUUUCUAUCCUAUUUUAUCUUGUUUCAAGUCUUGAAUUGAUUUGAACCGAUCCAUUUUGCAUUAAUUCAACUUCAGGUGAAAGGAAACAAAGUUUCUGCUCUAUUUUAUCCUCUUUGAAGUCCUGAAUUGAUUCAAACCCAUAAAUUUUGAACGAAUUCAGCUUUAAGUAAAAGGAAACAAAGUUUCUGCCCUAUUUUAUCCUGUUUCAAGUCCUGAAUUGAUUUGAACCGAUAAAUUUUACAUUAAUUCAACUUCAAGUGAAAGGAAACAAAGUUUCUGCUCUAUUUUAUCCCGUUUGAAGUCCUGAAUUGAUCCAAACACUUACAUUAUGAAUUAAAUCAAUUUUAAGUGGAAGAAAACAAAGUUUUUGCUCUAUUUUAUCUUGAUUCGAUUCAAACGGAUAUGUUCUGAAUGAAUUAAGUUUUAACUAAAGGGAAACGAAGUUUCUAUUCAUUUCUAUUUUAUAUCUUGCAUAUCUAAUAAAUAUUUUCAAGUUUUUUGUAAUAUUUCUCCCUUAUCUAAAACAUUUAACCAAAGAAUUUGACGUAUGUUCAAAUUUUUAGUUUUUAUUUAUAAAUCUAGAGUGAUCUGUCUAUCGGAUAAAAAACUUCCAGCCUCCAUUUGGAACUUUUAAUCUUCAAAAGUGUAUUUAAUCUCACCACUAUAGGGACACAUUUAAUCAAUUAUUAUACGAGGUAUAUUCGUAAAGUAAAGUGACGAGAAAACUACUACAGUGCUUUGGUUGGAAUGCUUUUGACUUUACCCCGUACAUCCACGACUCCGCUUUAACUAACUAGCAUUUUUAUCAACACAUGAAGCCUCAGAGGUACACCAACAUUCACAGUAACACUGUCUGACGCGAGUUUCGAUAACCAAGUUAUCGUCUUCAGAGACUGAAGAUAAACUGAUAGUUCAAAACAUAAAUGGCAACAUUCUUUUAGAAUACAGUAUACAAGAGGAUCUAAAUAAAAAAAAAUAAUAUAGUAGUGCUCGCUGUAUUAGUAUAGGCUCUUUUUUUUUAAUAAAAAUUGUGCUUACUUCACGAACAUCCUUCGUAUGAUGGAAUACACAAAAUAAGGGUGGUUUAUAUUAUUAUUUUUUGAUGAAAUUUGGAUAUAAAAAUAUUUUUUGCAUCAUGUUUUUAUUAAAUAAUGUAAAAAAAAUUAUGUACUGUCCCAAAUAUUGAGCCGAGAAUAUUUCUCAUUCGAAUUUAAUUGAUAAUAUGACAGAUUACUUUUAAAUUAUAUAGUUACCAAUCUCUAGUUAUACUUAUAUUUAUAUAUUGUGCCAUUGUAUACUAAUUGUAAUAAUAUUUAUUCUCUAUAAAACAUUUUGAUAUGAAAAA